GAUGCUACAGCAAAAAGGCCGCAUGUUGAGUCGUUACCGUCCCAAAGCACGCAUGCGCAGUUGAUACUCUGUGACAUACGGUAUACCGCUACGCUAUGACAUAGAUGCUAGUGGUUGUCCAUGGUUUUGGGUAAUUUCAAACAGAAAACAAAUAUAGAAGUUUAUGAGAUUUGGGUCUUCAAAACAAGGCUACUCCACAUCCAGGGCAUCCAGGUUCAAGUUAAGAAGAACCCGCAGCCCGUCACCGGGGCGAUACUCACGCACCUGCAGCAGUAAUGAUCCCAGAGAUUUGGAGAGAAGAAUUUUUGUUGGGAAUUUGCCGACUUCUGACAUGGAAAACAAGGAUUUGGAAGACCUGUUCAACCCGUAUGGGAAGAUAGUCGGCGUAUCCUUGUUUCGAGGGUAUGGAUUUGUACAAUUUGAGCGUGUUGAGGAAGCUGAGGCUGCAAGGGCAGCCCAAAAGGGUCGAAUAUAUAAAGGUUACAAAAUAGAUGUAAAUAUGGCAGUGGAGCGACGGCAAGCUAAACCUCAAUCCCAGCAGAGCCCUCCACGAAGGGCCCCGUACAACAAAGAUCCCCGACCUCGGUCACGCUCGCCCAUAUAUGGGCGCGACGGACGGGAUCCGAGAGACAGCCGCGAUGGGAGGGACUCUGGUAGGGACUCUGGGAGAGACUCCGGGAGAGAGCCGAGACCUGCGAGCCACUCUCGCGACCCCGAUUAUCGAUACCGCACCUCCGAGAGCAGAGACAAGGACAUCCGGAGCGACCCGCGGGACUCCGCCUACAGAGACGACUACGACCGAUACUACCGCAGCGGCAGCAGCGCAGAAGACUACUACAGGAGGAAAGAUGAAGCCUACAGGGACACCUACAUGGAUCCCUGGAAUGGACGCCGUGACCCAGGAGCGGUAGAGGAUCGCGCGCGGCCCGAGGAGCGGCGGCGUAACGAGCUGUACCGGCAGUACUACGAGGAGCUCCAGCGGCGCUACGACACAGAGCGCCCCGUCGACUGCUCUGUGAUCGUCGUCAACAAGGCGCAGAAGGAGUAUGCCGAGACGGUGGGGCGGAAAGUCCGGGACCUGGGGAUGGUGGUGGAUCUGAUCUUCCUGAACACAGAGGUGUCGCUGACCCAGGCCCUGGAAGACGUAGGCCGAGCCCGCACCCCCUUUGCCAUCAUCAUCACGCAGCAGCACCAGGUGCACCGCUCCUGCACCGUCAACAUCCUGUUCGGCACGCCUCAAGAGCACCGAAACAUGCCGAUGCAGGACGCCAUGAUGCUGGUUGCCCACAACUAUGACACGUACAAAGUGGAAAAUCGCGAAAAAGAACGGGAGGAGAUCGCCAGAAAGGCGGCCAAGAUGGCGGAUGACGUGCUGAUCCGGGAGCUCGACAGAGAGGGCCACCCUGUGUCGGUCCUCACGGCCAUCACGCUGCUGUCAGAGAACAGGUUUUUAACUCCGGAAGAACUGGAGAGCCUCAUUGCGUACCUGAAGGACAAGAGGGCUCGGCUGGUGCGGACAGCAGACCCCCUGGCAGGAAUCUUCCCCGGGGAUAAAGCAGCUUUUGAGUUUUUACGAGAAGAAUUUGACUGCAUGUGCUCUGUUGCAGCUUCGGUCCACGUCGGGGCUCCUGCUCACGGGGUGCACCAUGACGUCCAGCUGUCGGCGGCGGGACUCCCCCCCUCCACGCACGCCGUCUCACAGCCGGCUCACCACGGCCUGGCCGGUCCGAGCGCUCCGGCCAACCCCAGCCACCAGCAGGAGCUGCAGGCCAAGAUCCUCAGCCUGUUCAACAGCGGGACGGGCAGCGCCGCCGCCGCCGCCGCCCCCCAGCCCCACCCCUACAGCUCUCUGGGCCCGGCCCCCUCCCAGAACGCCGCCCGCCCCGUCAUGCCGGGGCCGCCGGCACCCGGGUCGCAGGCCUACGGCACCCCGCCCAGCCGCGGUCCCGUGGCGCAGGCCCCUCAGAGAGCCCCUCUGGCGGCCUCCGGCAUCAACUUCGACAACCCCAGCGUCCAGAAAGCUCUGGACACGCUCAUUCAGAGUGGACCUACCCUCAACAGUCUAGUGAGCUCUGCGGCCUCUCAGCAGCCCCCUCAGAGAUCGGCACCCAGCAUGGGCCAGGUCCAACCCAUGUCAAUGUACCCCCGACACUACUGA